AUGCCAUUCCAAAUUCAUGGCUUCCAGACUUCCAUCGAUGUCGCUCGCCAGCAGACUUAUGAUGUAGCCUCACUGGCAGGACAAAAGCGACUUACAGAGCAGUCACCGAAUGACUCUUUCAAGGUCGCAAACCUGAAACAAGACAUUGAUAAUAGUAAGACUGGUUUGCUGGAUAUUCGUGCGGUCGAUUUUUCUCGUCCCUCAGUAACUCCUCAGAAAAACCGACUGGUCGCAAGCGAGAUUCAUCACGUUGCAGCCGCCAUUCCCCCAGGAGGCAGCCAACCAGGAAGGACAGAUAACGCCGUACCAGGUUCCAGUCAAAAUCCUCUUCUGUUUCUCAAAAAUCCCCGAUAUGGACUGCCACCUGCUCUGGUGGCCAACUUUGCUGCUCUUGGGGUUACCAGCAUCUACCCGUGGCAGGCGUCAUGUUUGCUCGCUCGGGGACUCCUCGAAGGGGAGCGGCAUCUUGUCUAUACAGCACCUACUGGAGGCGGAAAGUCCCUCGUGGCCGAUGUCUUGAUGCUGAAACGCAUCAUUGAACAUCCGUCUCGCAAGGCGAUCCUCGUCCUUCCGUAUGUGGCACUCGUUCAAGAAAAGCUCAAGUGGCUUAGACGCAUUGUGGAAAACGUCGAAAAGAAAGUCCUUGAUGAUGAUGAUGAAGCGGCUCGGUCGCAGCCAUACUACCAACGCUGGAAAAAGCUACAGAAAUCUAUUCGGGUCACAGGGUACUUUGGUGGGACUAGGACCGCUGCCUCUUGGGCUGACACAGACAUUGCCGUCUGCACGAUAGAGAAGGCAAACUCAUUGAUUAAUACCGCUGUUGAAGAAUGCUCUAUUGGAGACUUGGGUGUCGUUGUCUUGGACGAAUUACACAUGCUGGACGAUGAGCAUCGCGGCUACAUCCUCGAACUGAUGGUGACAAAAUUGCUGUUGCUGCAACAAGACAUCCAGAUUAUUGGCAUGAGUGCCACCCUUUCUAAUACGAAACUGUUGGCGGACUGGAUGAAUGCAAAGUACUUUAUUUCUACUUAUCGACCGGUUCCAAUCGACGAGUACCUGGUCUACGAGAACGCUAUUUACCCUGCUGCAACUUCGCGUCAAUUGUUCCAGACUAUCACUAGGUUGAAGACCAUGAAAACGAUUUCCUUGACGGAUACUAUGCCCCCACACCGCAUGAUACAAUGUUCAAAACAUCGAGAACUUGCAAACCCCAUGACAAAUGCAAUGGUUGCUCUGGCCGUCGACACUGCUGCAGCAGGGUAUGGUGCUUUGGUAUUCUGCGGGAGUCGGCAAGGUUGCCAGAUCAGUGCAGGAAUCAUCAGCGAAGCUAUGCCUGCAGUGUCUGGAUUGGAGGCCGAUGAGCUGAGCAGGAGAUUGGAUCUCCUUGCCGAUCUCAGAAGCCUUCCCAGCGGCCUUGAUCCAGUUUUAGAAAACACCAUCCUCAAGGGUGUUGGAUUUCACCACGCAGGAAUGACCGCUGAAGAGCGGGAAUUGAUAGCUCAAGCAUAUGACCAAGGAGUUUUGAAAGUUAUCGUGGCCACCUGCAGUCUGGCAGCGGGUGUCAAUCUUCCAGCGCGGAGGGUGAUCAUUAAUGGAGCACGCAUGGGCCGAGAGUUGGUCGGACCGGCGAUGCUACGGCAAAUGUGCGGACGAGCGGGCCGCAAGGGAAAGGACAACGCCGGUGAAACGUAUCUGAUAUGCGGAAAAGCUGAUAUACAAGCUGUUUGCGACCUUCUCGAAGCCGAUAUGCCGGCAAUUGAAAGCUGCCUAGCACCGGAGAAGAGAGGUCUCAAACGGGCUCUUCUGGAAGCUAUUGCAACGGGGCUGGUCUCCGGUUGCGAAGCAAUCAAAGAAUAUGUGAAAUGCACUCUUUUGUAUCGGACGGUGGACAAGAAGAUUGCCUAUUCCAUUAUGGAGUCCUCACUUCAGGAACUAAUUGACGAAGGACUACUAAUUUUCAAAGAGGAUGAAUCGUACGAGGCGACAAAACUUGGGCAGGCAGUAGUGGCCUCGGCGUUCGCUCCCGAGGACGGCCUUUUUGUAUACGAAGAAUUGAAACGAGCCUUACGGGCAUUUGUCAUGGAUGGUGACAUGCAUAUUUUCUACAUGUUCACCCCCAUCCAAGUGGCGAUGAACACUCAGAUAGAUUGGCUCAUUUUCCGAGAACAGCUGGAUAAUCUUGACGAAAGUGGUCUACGGGCGCUGCAGUUUGUCGGCGUGCAGCCGUACUUUGUGAAUUUGAUGGUCCAGAGCGGAGGAUCGCUAAAGGAAGACAACCCAGAACAGAUUAAACAGGCGACUAUCUAUCGGCGGGCCUACACAGCUUUUCAGCUGCGUGACUUGAGUAACGAGGUGCCACUAUCGACAAUUGCGAGCCGCUACAACAUCCCCCGUGGCGCUGUUCAGACACUAGCACAGCAAUGUCACGGCUUUGCGGCAGGCAUGGUGAAGUUCUGCCAGCGCAUGGACUGGGGCAUGCUUGCUGCAGUUCUGGAUCAUAUGCGCGAUCGACUGGAAGCUGGAGCGCGCGCAGACUUACUCGAGAUGGCCCAGGUCACGUAUGUGAAGGGCUGGACGGCACGACUGCUCCGAGAAAAUGGGUUUCGCAACUUGAGAGACCUGGCCGAGGCAGAGGCGAAGGACCUUGUCCCGGUACUGAUGAUGGCGAAUCCUCGCAAAGCGCAAAAGAGCCAGCUACAUCCCACGGAGGCCGAGCGGUAUAGAAAAAAGCUGCUUGCAAAAGCCGAGAUUAUCGUGGCUUCCGCAAACAAGAUCUGGGGUAUGUAUAAUGAAGCUUUAGAUGAUCUUGAAUGA